UGCUGUUUUUGUUGUUGUAGGCCAUGUCCCUGCCUGUUGUUGUCAUCUCUAACGUCUGUCAGCUGCCCAGCGGCUGGGCCUCCAUCCUCUGGUACAACAUGCUGACCUCCGAGCCCAGGAAUCUGAAGUUCUUCCUCAGCCCUCCGCAGGCCAAGUGGUGUCAGCUGUCCGAGGUCCUCAGCUGGCAGUUCUCCUCCGUCACCAAGCGAGGCCUGAACCAGGAGCAGCUCAACAUGCUGGCUGACAAACUGCUCGGAGCCAAAGCCAAGAGGAACCCAGAGGGACAAAUCCCCUGGACCAAGUUCUGCAAGAGUGCGAACGAGAAAGCGUAUUCCUUCUGGUUGUGGAUCGAAGGAAUCCUGGAUGUGAUUAAAAGACACCUGCUUUCCCUUUGGAAUGACGGCUCCAUCAUGGGCUUCAUCAGUAAGGAGAGGGAGAAGGCUCUGCUCAGUGAUAAGUGUCCCGGGACCUUCCUGCUCAGGUUCAGUGAGAGCAGCAGAGAGGGAGCCAUCACCUUUACCUGGAUCGAAUACGACCUCUGCAACAAGCCGCUCUUUCACUCUGUGGAGCCGUACACGAAGAAGGAGCUGUCAGCCGUCUCUCUGCCCGACAUCAUCCGUACCUACAAAGUGAUGGCUGCCGAGAACAUCCCCGAGAACCCGCUCCGCUUCCUCUACCCCAACAUCCCAAAAGACAAGGCCUUCGGGAAAUACUACCCCAAACCCACAGAGACUCAGGAGCCCAUGGAUGUGGAGAACAAUCCAGAUAGGAGCGGCUACAUGAAGACAGAGCUCAUUUCUGUCUCUGAAGUACAUCCGUCCAGACUGCAGGACAACAUGUUGCCCAUGUCUCCUGAUGACUACAGGGCGUUGUCACAGUUAGUCGGCCCCAGAGACAUUGAUGCUGUGGUGAGUAUUUUGAUAAGCUGCUGA